AUGUGCGGCGGCGCCAUCCUAGCGGAGCUGAUCCCGCCGUCGGCGGGCCGUGCCUCGAAGCAGGUGGCCGCGGGCCGGGCCUCGCCAAAGAAGGCCGGCAAGAGCAAGGGGCAUAGGUACGGCAGCGUCGCCGAUGUCGACGACUUCGAGGCCGCCUUCGAGAACUUCGACGACGACCUCGACCUGCAGGCGGAGGAGGACGGCGACGAACAUGUCGUUUUUGCAUCCAAGCCUGCGUUCUCUCCGGGCCUGGCCUACGAUGAUGGCCGCGCGGCGCAGGCGGCGAGCAAGAAGAAGAGCGUCCGCCCCCUCCACGGCAUCCGGCAGCGGCCGUGGGGUAAGUGGGCGGCGGAGAUCCGCGACCCGCACAAGGGCACCCGCGUCUGGCUCGGCACCUUCGACACGGCCGACGAUGCCGCCCGGGCCUACGACGUCGCCGCCCGACGCCUCCGCGGCAGCAAGGCCAAGGUCAACUUCCCCGACGCGGCCAGGGCCGGGGCGCGCCCGCGCCGCGCCAGCCGCAGAACUGCGCAGAAACCGCAGCGCCCGCCUGCGCGGACGACGGCGUACUCUGCCACCGCAGCACCACGCGCACGGCCGGAGCAGGACGCUAUGAUGGUCAAGCCCGAGCGGAUGGAGUUUUCCGACGUGGACGCGUUCGUCGACCUCACCGCCGCCGUCGCCGUGCUACCGCCUGUCACGGCGAGCUCCUUCGCCGACAAGAUGCCGAGGGUCGACGAGGACUCGUCGGAGGGGAGCGGCGGCGGCUCCAUGUUGGGGUUCGCCGACGACCUUGGGUUCGAUCCCUUCAUGAUGCUCCAGUACGAAUCCAUGGACAGCCUCUUCGCCGGAGACGCCGUCAUCCAGGAUGCCCGCGGUGUGGACGGCGGCAUGGACGGCGUCAGCCUCUGGAGCUUCGAGGAGUUCCCCAUGGACAGCGCCAUUUUCUGA